AUGACUGAGGAUGAUGAAGCUCUUAGGAGGACUAGGGCUAACUUUGAUGAAACUAUCCAGUCUGAGGAGUUAUGUCUCGAUCAGGAGCAUUUGGCUGAAAAAGCAAUUCAACAGGAUUACCACAUGCCCGAUGUCCUAACUGUCGGAGUGCAAACAGAUUCUGAUUCAUUCCAAGAUGUCCUUGUGAAAAUUGAAAGACCUACCUAUCCUAAACCGUUUCUAGGUGGAUUUAAGAACAGGAUAACAGGAGUGGAAUUUCAUAAUGCAGGAUCCCAAACGGUACCCAAAAAACGACCUGACAAAGGAAUUCAAUUAUUUUGUAGGUCCCCACAGACGGUUUUUGAAAAAAACAAGCCACAACAGACAAAAAAUACAACAUCAACACAGAUGACUAAACCUGGCCUUUAUGUGUCAAACAGAACUGACAAACUCAUAAGUCCUGGAAAAUAUCUUACAGCGGAAGAAUACCAUAAACGUAGACUUGAAGCAGUAAUAGUAUUACAGAAAUAUUUCCGUCGUUGGUAUGCUAUAAAUGUAGUACAAAAUCUGAGAGAGGAAAAGAGGAUAAGGCUGGAAUGGGAGGCACAAGAAGAGUUACGGAAAAAAAAAGAGAAAGAAGAAAAACUGAGAAGGGAACAGGAACGAAGACUGAACCCUAAAACAAAAGAAGACUUUGAGCUCCUGUACCAUGCUUUACAAUUAUGGAGGCAGAAGGAGACUGAGAGGAUUAACAGAACUCUUACUGGGGCUGAAAGAAAGGCAGCAUUUUGUGGACUUCUGGAACAAGAGACACAGCUGAUUGCUUCCAUUGGGAAACACAAACUAAAUGCAGAUGAGGAGAAUCAACAAAAAGCAAUACUACGCUUUCUGGAUAAGUGUGCACAACCUAAGAGAUGGAAAGCAUAUGAUGGAAAAAUCACUCAAAUGGAUACACAGUACACACUCCGUGCCAGAGAACUACUUGAAAUAUACCGCAGCAUCAGCAUGAACGACAUCCCAAAAGAUGAGAGAAUAGAUGUGCUGUUAACACUCAGACAUACAGUGAAGGAACAUGAAUGUAAAUUAACACAAGAAAUAGUGGAAUUAAUUGACAGGGAAGUUGAUCUUAUGUCGAGGGACAUGAAAGAAUGCAACUUAGAAGGACUGAGGAAAAGAAUUUGUACAUUAUUUCUUCAGUAUAUUAAAACUCCAAAGUUUAACCCUGAAAUUGCUAGGAUACUUAAGGUUCCACCAGAUCCCUUAAAGCUUUAUAAAAAUGUUCACUUCUGUCAUAGUUGUGAAAAUUACCUAACAUCUACAGAAUUUCCUAUUCCUACUAAUUCCCACACCACUGGCAGAUGUCACUUGUGGUGCAAGCCUGCUAAUGAGGCUCAGCGACGAGAAGCAUUUUUGGAGUAUAAACUUAUACUAAAAAAUCUCAGAAAGUCUGAGGCUGAUUAUCAGGAUGACGCUAAAAUUGCUUUCUUAGUUCAGCAACAAGAUCUGAAGUACAUGAUUGAGAAGAUAUGGGGCUGUCAGUCAGCUCUCAGUGCCUGCAGCGACCUCUAUGAUAUGGUUAUGGUCAGGUGGGAUAAGCAGCAUGAGUGGUCUCCAUGGAACACUAUUCUCCUCACGAAAGAUGAGGCAGAUGCACAUCUCAAGCUGUGUAAUCUUCAGGAGGCUUAUGCAUCGGCAUUUAUUCACAGAAUAAAAAGUAAGCAUAUCCAGGCAAAAAACUACUUUGCUCAGAUUCCAGCGAUGAGAUCAUUUUUGCAUAGGAGUGACAAUCAGGCAAAGGCAAAUGAAUUUUUAAUAGUAACGCCUAUUUCUACUGGUACAAAACCAUAA